CGGGAUUGACACAUAGGCCCGCAACAUUUGGGUCUCACAUUUAGCUCUCAGAUAGUUCUAGACCUUCUCAGGAAGUCAUCGCUGUAAAAAUACGAGCACGUUCUGCCAUGGCCAGGGGGAAGCUCUAAAUUUAGCAUGCAUAGCUUAGACGGCACCCACAAAAGUUCCAAAGACACGUUUCGUGUUUUUGGAAUCAGUGCACAUCGAUCUUCUUAACAUUUGAUUAAUUUUCGCAUUAUAAGAAAUUCACAAAGGAAUAUUCAAAAGUUUACGAACCCAUACCCGAGUGAUUCUGCCGAAUUUCAAGAUUAAAUACUGGGCUUUCUGCACGCAAUGUGUGCAGCUGAAGCUUGACGCUUCGUACACGACAAUAGUCAUUUGAAUGGCCUGCAGGCAUUUUGGUGAUUUUUUGUGUACAGAGAUUGAGUCAUCAAGAUGACUGGAUUUACUCUGACAUUAUUUUUCUUAGCUGUGAUUCCAAUAGGAUUUACUGCGCCGAGACGUUUAAAAAUUGGGGCCAUUUUUCAUGAAGAAGAAGAGACCAAUUAUUUGGCGUUCACACGAGCUCUCAGUGAAAUACGAAGGAAUUCCAUCGUAGCGAGUUUUCAGUUGGAGCCCAUUAUCAAAUGGGUCAAUGAUAGCACGGACAGCUUCAAAACAUAUCUCACAGCAUGCGGUCUCAUUGAGCAAGGGGUGGUCGCAAUAUUCGGACCUGGAAAUUCAUUUACGAGCAAUAUCGUCUCCAGUGUCACAUCGCGAUAUGAUAUUCCCCAUAUCGAAUAUAUAUUUCGGCGAAGCGAUGACACCGACUAUAGUAACACCACUAUCAAUAUGUAUCCAGAUGCUGACAUCAUUGCAGACGCUCUCGCCGACCUUCUGAACGUCACGCAUUGGCCCCAGUUCACGGUGCUGUAUGAGACAGACGAUGGACUAUCAAGAUUACAGAAAUUACUGGAGAAACAUGGCCCACAGGACUUUCCCGUGACGAUACGGCAAUUGUCUCCGAGUUAUGAUAAUUUUACGAAUGAACCGGACUUUCGAUCGUUGCUGAAAGAAGUGGCCAACUCAUCUGACUUCAAUGUCAUCCUGGAAGUUACUCCUGGCAAUAUUAAAAAAGUUAUACAGCAGGCCCAUGAGGUCAAACUUCUUCAGGAUUAUUACCACUAUUUAGUGACAGAUUUGCACACACCGACGGCGAUGAUGGCGGAAACUCUCAACAAAUCACGUGCAAAUGUGACAGUCCUUCAAUUAUUAACUGAUGAAAUUACUGAAUUCGAUCUGACUACGGUGGAAAGUGCUGUGCUUUUUGACGGUGUUUAUCUUCUCAAUGAAGCUUUGGAAGUUUUCAAAAGACGAAGGGAAAAUGAUGAGGAGGAUAGUGCAGAUAUUGGACCGGAUUUUUACACCUGCAGUAAUCCGGAUAAAUAUCUGGCUGGACCCAGUUUAGUGGCUCUUAUGCGGAAGGUCAGGAUAGAUGGAACCGUGAGUGGACCAGUAACCUUCCGCGAAAAUGGUGGAAGAUCCUUCAAGUUGACAUUCACAGAAUUUCACAGUGAAAGAAUUGCUAUAUCCGGUUAUUGGGAGGAUGGGGAAUUGCAAGUCAUCAGUAGUCAAGAGGAUCGCGAAGCUCAGGCACAACAAAGCAUUGAAAAAAGAAUGUUUACAGUUACUUCAAAAUUGGGAGAGCCUUAUGUGAUGGAAGUAGCUGACGGAUCUGCAAGAGGAGUUCCCUUUCUGCGUACAAAUAAACGACACGAAGGCUAUGCUAUUGAUCUUAUCGAGGAGCUCUCACAACUACUAAAAUUCAAUUAUCAAUUUGAACUUGUACCGGAUAAUGAGUACGGAAAGGAGGACUCAGAUACGAGACAGUGGAACGGUCUCAUCGGUCGUCUCCUACGACGAGCAACUGAUUUGGCAAUAUGCGAUCUUACGAUAACGAAAGCCCGGGAAACUGCUGUUGAUUUUACGAUGCCAUUCAUGGACCUGGGUAUUAGUAUCUUAUUUGCAAAAUCAGAGAAUAAAGAGCCGGAGCUUUGGUCGUUCCUUUCACCUUUCUCAGCAGAUGUUUGGAUAUACAUGACCACAGCUUAUGUUGCCGUAUCUGUGUCACUUUAUGUACAAGCGAGGAUAGCUCCUGGCGAGUGGAAUGCUUCUCAUCCAUGUAAUUUCGAACCGGAGGAGCUGGAGAACGAUUUCAAUAUGAAGAACUCACUCUGGCUGACUGCUGGAUCACUUGUACAACAGGGUUCAGACAUUCUUCCCAGGACUCCAUCAAUCCGUAUGGUAGCAGGUAUGUGGUGGUUCUUCGUUCUGAUAAUGGUAUCCUCUUACACCGCCAACCUGGCUGCCUUCCUCACAGCUACGAAGAUGGAUGUGUCUAUCAGUAGUGUCACCGAACUCGCUGCCCAAACGAAAAUCAAGUAUGGGGCCAUAAAAGGCGGUUCGACAGCGGGAUUUUUCCAGGGUGCGAACAGUUCAGUGUAUCAGAAAAUGUGGGCUGCGAUGGUUGACGCUAAGCCAAGUGUCUUCACUAAAACCAAUGCUGAAGGGGUAGAAAGAGUCGCUAAGGGAAAGCAAACUUAUGCUUUUCUCAUGGAAUCAAGUGGUAUUGAAUACGCUAUUGAACGCAAUUGCGAAUUAACGAAAGUCGGCGAUCUACUUGACAGUAAAGGAUAUGGAAUUGCUUUGCCACCUAAUUCACCAUAUCGCACUCAGUUCAGCGAGGCCAUUCUCAAACUUCAGGAGAGGGGUGUCCUACGUCAAUUGAAGGAGAAAUGGUGGCUGCAAGGGAGUAAAAAUUGUACGGCCAAUCAGCCAGAACCAUCUUCGGGAGAACUGACUAUGGCUCAUGUUGGGGGUGUUUUUUUGGUCCUGGUGUUUGGACUUAUCUUCGCUUUUUUCUUUGCUAUAAUUGAAUGCAUAUGGAACGUUCGAAAAAUUGCCGUUGAGGAGAAAAUUACACCACUUGAGGCAUUCAUCGCUGAAUUUAAAUUUGCGAUAAAUGUCACUGCCCAAACGAAGCCAGUUAAAAUGGCAAAAUCGAUACAGAGUAGUCGCAGUUCAGCUGAAGAAUUGACUGAUGCCGCUGCUGCUGAACGUUCGAUGGGAGGAUCAUAUCUGCAACUGGAUAUUCUAGAUAAAAUAGAUCACAGCAGAGCUCUUCUGAAUAGCAGAUCUCCUCGUUCAGACUGACCAUCACGUCCCGAAAAAACUGUCACGAGUAUUCGAUACAUCUCCAUGGGAUUUACUGUUAUUAAGAUGUAUAUAAUACCACAAAUUAUAUCCUAUGUUUCUUGUCAAAAAGGCUUUGCUAAUUAGAGGGUACAGUGACUAAAUAAUUUUCUGAUUAUAUUAUUAGCUGUAUCAUCAGUCAAUGUUUCACAUUGUUAUGAAAAAAAUCGUUCGAUACUCGGGGAAAAACUACUUUUUGUAAACUACCCUACCUCCACCCCUCUGCAAAAGCCAAACAAUAUUUUUCCACAAUCUUAAUUAAAUAUACAAUUAUAGCUAUCAGUGUUGAAUCUAAUGUACGUGAAAGUUACUGCAAAAUUACCACAAAAAAUAUAAUAUUUAUCAAAAAUUACAAAAUUCAAUAAUUAUAAUGUUUAAUAAACCAGAUUUUUUUAAUCUUAUUUCU